CGGCCCCGCCUCCUCCUCCGUCGGGCUUUUCUCCCACAUUCUUGCCGGUCCAAAUGCUCCGGAGCCCGGCGUGUCCUCCCAUGCCUUCUCGCCGCAGAGUGGAGGCGGCGGUCGGUCGGCGGAAGGCGGACGCGUCGGCGCCGUCAUGGUGCUGAUGGGCGAGCAGGCCGAGCGACCUUUGACUGCUUCUUCCCCGCGGGAGGAGUUCCGCGGCGGAAAAAGACGCUCAGAGGAGACGAAGAAGACCCGAACCGGAAACCAGCCAGAGUGGGAAGAAGACCACCGGAAGCGGCAGGUAGAGAAGACGUGCGGCGGCUGUGGCGAGGACGACUUCGGAGCCCUGGGGGAUGUUCUUAUCCCACCGUGGCGUCCGUUGUCCAGCUUCCUGUGCGAGGACGGCGUGGCAACUCCCAGGCGGCGGGAGACCACGGACAGCAGCAGCUCAGGGUCCCGGACUCCGGACUAGGACAAACUAAACGGUGUGACCGGGACGUGUGAUCGGACAGCAUGGCCGCUCAGGAGCCGUCGCCACCGUCGUCCAUGGAGAGCAACAAGCCGGGCUUCCCCAAGAAGAUCCUGGGCAACAAACUGGAGGACAAGCACCUGUGCAACUGCUGCCACAACAUCCUGCGGCGGCCCGUCCAGGCGCAGUGCGGCCAUCGCUUCUGCUCGUACUGCUUCAACCUGGCCGUCAGUAACGGGCCGCACAAGUGCAGCGCUUGCAUCAAGGAGGACAUUUUCGAAGAGCCCACGUCUAUCCUGAGACAAGGAUGCGCUUUUCCCGACAACGCCGUUCGCAGGGAGGUGGAGAACCUCUCGGCGCUCUGCGUCAACGAGAGCUGCACCUGGAGAGGAAGCAUCAAGGAGUACGAGCUGAACCACGAAGGCAAGUGCGAGUUCAUGGUGGUCCCGUGCCCGUCCUGCAAGGAGCGGAUUCGCUUCAGCGAGCAGGAGCGCCACAGCGAGCGCGAGUGUCCAGAGAGGACGCUCAACUGCAAGUACUGCAAGGAACCCUUUCACUUCAAAAACAUCAAGGCACACGAUGAGAUCUGUCCCAAGUACCCCAUGAUCUGCGAGGGCUGCGCCAAGAAGAAGAUACCCAGGGAGAAGUAUGUGGACCACAUCAAGUUCUGCAGCAAAUUCAGGACGCCGUGUCGCUUUCACGUCGUGGGAUGUGACAUGUCUGUGGAGAAAGAGAAGACUCACGACCACGAGCGUGCGUUUGCCUACGAGCACCUCAACCUGCUGCUGCACUACAUCAUGGGCAUGAAGGUGAGCAUGGAGGGGCUGCAGCCGCAGGGUCUGGAGGUGGCGGGACACAAACUGGUGGAACUGCAGCAGUCCCUCAGGGAACUGGAGGCCCGAGUCUCCCAGCUCAGCACCACCUCCCCCUGGCCUCCCGUGCAGGGAGCCGCCGCCUCCUCGUCCUCCGGCUCGGGCCCGUCCGCCUCGGCGCCCCUGCCUCCGCCACCCACCCUGGCGCCCACCCUCUCCGUGUCUACCUCCUUCACGCCGCUGCCCAGCUCGGUGGGCGCGGCGCUGGAGCUGCAGCUCCACAGCGAAAAGACCAAGGUGGCCGAGCUGGGCCGCCGGUGCACCGAGUUGGAGGUGAAGUCCGGCACCUUUGAAAACGUGGUGUGCGUCCUCAACAGAGAAGUGGAGCGCUUCGCCACCACCAUGGAGGCCAGCAACCGCCAGCACAAGCUGGACCAGGACAAGAUCGAGGCUUUGAGUAACAAGGUGCGGCAGCUGGAGAGGACGGUGGGGCUGAAAGACCUGACGGUGGCAGAGAUGGAGGGUCGGCUGAGGGAGAUGUCUGCCACCACCUUUGAUGGCGUCUUUGUCUGGAGGAUCUCCGAUUUUGCCAAAAAGAGACAGGACGCUAUCGCCGGUCGAGCCCCCGCCAUGUUCUCGCCAGCGUUCUACACCAGCAAGUACGGCUACAAAAUGUGUCUGCGGAUCUAUCUGAACGGCGACGGGACGGGCCGAGGCAGCCACCUGUCCUUGUUCUUUGUGGUCAUGCGAGGACUCAGCGACGCCCUGCUCAAAUGGCCCUUCAACCAAAAGGUGACGCUGAUGUUGCUGGACCAGAGCAACCGCGAGCACAUCAUCGAUGCCUUCCGCCCCGACGUCACCUCCUCCUCCUUCCAGCGGCCCGUCAGCGAGAUGAACAUCGCCAGCGGCUGCCCGCUCUUCUGCCCGCUCUCCAAGCUGGACGCCAAAAACUCUUACAUCCGCGACGACACCAUCUUCAUCAAGGCCAUCGUGGAUCUCACCGGCCUCUAGCAGGGGAGGAGGGCCCUCCCCCACCGGGAGGGAAGCUCGGCUUCCAUUGCGAGGGCGUCUCCUUGAACCGGGGCUUCGUUUUGGCGAUCCCCGUCGGACGGCGUUAAGCGUCCCCUUUGCGGCUUUGGGGAGACGAGACGGUUGGCCCCGCCCGGGCGGCGGCGUUGUUGUCGUCGUCGUCGACGAGAGCGUCCGCCAUCACUGUUUUUGUCGGGCGCCGCACUUCCCCAGGUUUUUCUUUCCUCACCUUGGUUUUUGACGGGUUCGGGAGCGGCGUUGAGCAGACGCGGGGACGUCUGACCGUCGUCGGCGCGGAAUUGGGCCGAUAGACGGUCACGAGGCGGUCGCGUUUUUAGCUUCUUCUUCUUCUUCUUCUUCUUCUUCUUCUUCAGAUUUUCGGUAUCGUGAUGCCUUCUCCGUUCUAAUGUUGAGUACUUUUUUGCAUAGACAAACGUGGAGUUAUGUGAUCAACCAGGCUUUUCUUUUUCUUUCGAUAUGGGUGACGUGCAUGCCGAGUGUCAAGUGCGUCUUAGCUUCAUGAAGCGUAGCAGCGGCCGUCUGGGCCGCACGUCAGGUUAGGGUUCCAAGCAGGGUUCGGGUUCAGAAGCAGGGUUUCGAGGGCGUCCCCCCCGUCCGUUUGGCGUCCGUUGCUCGUUCCGACUCGGGGUUGUGACCGGUGCUUUGGUACAUCUGUGGAAGAUACAGUGGAGUUAGCGAGGUGUCGACGAGCGUUUUUGUCCCCCGUGACGGACGCACACAGCUGGAGUUGUCCCAAAACCCCCCAUUUGGAAGUGUUAUUGCGGCUGAACUACAAACCCCAAAACCAGUGGCAUGUUGUGUAAAUCUUAAAUAAAAACAGAACACAAUGAUUCGCAAAUCCUUUUCAACCCAUAUUCAGUUGAAAAGACUGUAAAGACAAGAUACUUAAUGUUCGAACUGGCAAACAAAGAAUCAUUAACUUAGAACACAUAAACAUGUUAAAUAGAAUCCACAAAACUUGCAACGGAUGGAAGGGAGUGGGAGAUACUUAAUAUUCACUCCAUUUUAAAAAGGUUGGUAUUGUUCGAGAGGUUGGUAAACAAAGAUUUGCGGUAAAAAAAAAACACAACUUGUAGCUCAGGUUCUGAAAUUUUACUGUAAAAUUGCAGUAAUUUUUAUUUACAGUAAAAAAAAAGGACAUUUUACAGUAAAAUUCUGGCAACUGAGCUGCCUUUUUUUUUUUUUUACCAUAAAAACAGCAGUACUGUUUUUACAUUUACAGUAAUAUACUCUACAUUUUGAGGUGAAAUUAUUGCAACUUAACAUGUUUUUUUUUACAUUUUAGUUUUUAAAAAAUCUAAUGAAAUGCAUAAAAACAGUACUUUUUUAACUGUAAUAAACUGUGGUGCCGUGUUGGCAUUUACAGUAAUACACCCAAAAAUCUACACUUGUGGAUUUGCGGUAAAAACAAAAAACAAACUGGCAGCUCAGAUGCCAAAAUGUUACUGUAAAAUUGCAUUUUUUUUUUAAAUUUAAAGUAAAAUUGAGCUGCCAUUUUUACCGUAAAAACAGCAGUACUGUUUUUCCAUUUACAGUAAUAUACACUACAUUUUGAGGUGAAAUUAUUGCGAAUUGUAUAUUUUUUGGAACAUUUUCAUUUUAAAAAAAAAUCCACAACUAAAAUGCACAUAAAAACAGUACUUUUCUUAACUGUAAUAAACUGUCGUGCAUUUACAGUAAUAAUUGUAUAUUUUUUGGAACAUUUUCAUUUAAAAAAAAAAUCCACAACUAAAAUGCACAUAAAAACAGUACUUUUCUUAACUGUAAUAAACUGUCGUGCAUUUACAGUAAUACACCAAAAAAUCUACAGUUGUUGAUAUGCGGUAAAAAACGAACGAACUUGCAGCUCAGGUUCUGAAAUUUUACUGUAAAAUUGCAGUAAUUUUUAUUUACAGUAAAAAAAAGGACAUUUUACAGUAAAAUUCUGGCAACUGAGCUGCCGUUUUUUUUUUUACCAUAAAAACAGCACUACUGUUUUUACAUUUACAGUAAUAUACACUACAUUUUGAGGUGAAAUUAUUGCAACUUAACAUGUUUUUUUUUUACAUUUUAGUUUUUAAAAAAUCUAAUGAAAUGCAUAAAAACUGUUCUUUUUUAACUGUAAUAAACUGUGGUGCCGUGUUGGCAUUUACAGUAAUACACCCCAAAAUCUACACUUGUGGAUUUGCGGUAAAAACAAAAAACAAACUGGCAGCUCAGAUGCCAAAAUGUUACUGUAAAAUUGCAUUUUUUUAAAAUUUUAAUUAAAAUUGAGCUGCCUUUUUUACCGUAAAAAGAGCAGUACUGUUUUUCCAUUUACAGUAAUAUACACUACAUUUUUAGGUGAAAUUAUUGCGAAUUGUAUAUUUUUUGGAACAUUUUCAUUUAAAAAAAAAUCCACAACUAAAAUGCAUAUAAAAACAGUUAUUUUCUUAACUGUAAUAAACUAUAGUGCAUUUACAGUAACACACCCAAAAAUCUACAGUUGUUGAUUUGCGGUAAAAAAACGAACGAACUUGCAGCUCAGGUUCUGAAAUUUUACUGUAAAAUUGCACAAAUUUUUCUUUACAGUAAAAAAAACAAAUGUAAAUUUUACAGUAAAAUUCUGGCAACUGAGCUGCCUUUUUUUUUUUUUACCAUAAGAACAGCAGUACUGUUUUUACAUUUACAGUAAUAUACACUACAUUUUGAGGUGAAAUUAUUGCAACUUAACAUGGUUUUUUUUUACAUUUUAGUUUUAAAAAAAUCUAAUGAAAUGCAUAAAAACAGUACUUUUUUAACUGUAAUAAACUGUGGUGCCGUGUUGGCAUUUACAGUAAUACACCCAAAAAUCUACACUUGUGGAUUUGCGGUAAAAACAAAAAACAAACUGGCAGCUCAGAUGCCAAAAUGUUACUGUAAAAUUGCAUUUUUUUUAAUUUAAAGCAAAAUUGAGCUGCCUUUUUUACCGUAAAAACAGCAGUAGUGUUUUUCCAUUUACAGUAAUAUACACUACAUUUUGAGGUGAAAUUAUUGCGAAUUGUAUAUUUUUUGGAACAUUUUCAUUUAAAAAAAAAAUCCACAACUAAAACGCAUAUAAAAACAGUACUUUUCUCAACUGUAAUAAACUGUAGUGCAUUUACAGUAAUACACCCAAAAAUCUACAGUUGUUGAUUUGCGGUAAAAAACGAACGAACUUGCAGCUCAGGUUCUGAAAUUUUACUGUAAAAUUGCAUUAAUUUUUAUUUACAGUAAAAAAAAAAACAAAUGUAAAUUUUACAGUAAAAUUCUGGCAACUGAGCUGCCUUUUUUUUUUUUUACCAUAAGAACAGCAGUACUGUUUUUACAUUUACAGUAAUAUACACUACAUUUUGAGGUGAAAUUAUUGCAACUUAACAUGUUUUUUUUUUACAUUUUAGUUUUUAAAAAAUCUAAUGAAAUGCAUAAAAACAGUACUUUUUUAACUGUAAUAAACUGUGGUGCCGUGUUGGCAUUUACAGUAAUACACCCAAAAAUCUACACUUGUGGAUUUGCGGUAAAAACAAAAAACUAACUGGCAGCUCAGAUGCCAAAAUGUUACUGUAAAAUUGCAUUUUUUUUUAAUUUAAAGUAAAAAUGAGCUGCCUUUUUUACCGCAAAAACAGCAGUACUGUUUUUCCAUUUACAGUAAUAUACACUACAUUUUGAGGUGAAAUUAUUGCGAAUUGUAUAUUUUUUGGAACAUUUUCAUUCUCAUAUUUUAGGCUUCAUAAUGCACCACACAUUGUCAAUGGGAGACCGGUCUGGACUACAGGCAGGCCAGUCUAGUACCCGCACUCUUUAACUACGAAGCCACACUGUUGUAACAUGUGGCUUGGCAUUGUCUUGCUGAAAUAAGCAGGGGCGUCCAUGAUAACGUUGCUUGGAUUGCUCCAAAACCUGUAUGUACCUUUCAGCAGAUGUGUAAGUUACCCAUGCCUUGGCCACUAAUGCACCCCCAUACCAUCACAGAUGCUGUUUUUUCCACUUUGCGCCUAGAACAAUCCGGAUGGUUAUUUUCCUAUUUGUUCCGGAGGACAAAACGUGCACAGUUUCCCCCCAAAAAAGUGGACUCGUCAGACCAAAGAACACUUUUCCACUUUGCAUCAGUCCAUCUUAAAUGAGCUCGGGCCCAGCGAAGCCGGCAGCGUUUCUGGGUGUUGUUGAUAAAUGGCUUUGGCUUUGCAUGGUAGAGUUUUAACUCGCACUUACAGAUGUAGCGACCAACCGUAGUUACUGACAGCGGUUUUCUGAAGUGUUUCUGAGCUCAUGUGGCGAUAUCCUUUACACACCGAUGUUGCUUUAUGAUGCAGAGAUCCAAGGUCAGUAAUAUCAUCACUAACGUGCAGUGAUUUCUCCAGAUUCUCUGAACCUUUUGAUAAUAUUACAGACCGUUGAUGGUGAAAUCCCUAAAUUCCUUGUUGAGAAAUGUUGUUCUUAAACAAUUUCCUCACGCAUUUGUUGACAAAGCGGUGCCCCUCGCCCCGUCCUUGUUUGUGAACGACUGAGCCUUCCACGGAAGCUGCCCAAUCACGGCACCCACCUGUUCUCAAUUAGCCCGUUCACCUGUGGUAUGUUCCAAAUAAGCGUUUGAUGAGCAUUCCUCAACUUUUUCAGUCUUUUUUGCCACUUGUGCCAGCUUUUUUGAAACAUUUUGCUUUCUUCAAAUUCCAAAUGAGCUAAUAUUUGCCCAAAAAAUAACAACGUUUACCAGUUCGAACGUUAAAUAUCUUGUCUUUGCAGUCAAUUCAAAUGAAUAUAAGUUGAAAAGGAUUAGCAAAUCAUUGUAUUCCGUUUUAAUUUGCCGUUUACACAACGUGACAACUUCACUGCUUUUUGGGUUUUGUAUUUUGCAAAUGCGUAUCUCAAUAACGUAUUUGUGUGUCUGUAUCUCAAUUUGUGUGUGUAAAAAAAAAAUCCGUCGGCGGCCUGUCGCUUGGAAGUCGGCUGGGUUGAGUACUCGUCGGACUUCCUGUUUGCCGCCAGUCCAGCGCACACAGAGUUCCGGGAUGCAAUGUCGUGAAUGACGUAAUGCCAAACCUGCUUAGUUGGUCUGCAGACAACAAAAGCGUUCAAUAAAGCGUCCGAAGUCUCGUGCGCGUAUCGGGCGACGUCGCGUCUAACAGCGGUCAACAAGGACGGUUACCCAGCUCGACUGCGGCGACGCCCCUUUUGAUGUCAUGUGACGCAUACUUCCGUUCUGUGAAUGCACACCACGUGACCUGGUGUACACGUGUCUGUGUAUUUAGAUUUGUGUGGCUCAGGGACCCUGAUUGGCUGUCUUUUCGCACCUGAGGUGUAAAAAGACUUCACUUUUCCGUUCCCUGUAUUCGCCACCAGUCUGCGCCGUGCGCCCACUCGGGUCGUACGUUGUUGUCGCCACCAUAUCAGAUCAGUUAAUAUUAUAAAUCCAACAGUCUUUACAUUCAUGUACAUUCUGGGUGUCUCAUUCAGUAAAAAAAACACCCCAUAAAAUUCCAUUCUGUUUUGAGCUUAUCCGAGGUCGGGUCACAGGGGCAGCAGCCUAAGCAGGGAAGCCAGGACUUCCCUCUCCCCAGACACUUUGUCCAGCUCUUCCCGGAGGAAUCCCGAGGCGUUCCCAGGCCAGCCGGGAGACAUAGUCUUCCCAACGUGUCCUGGGUCUUCCCCGUGGCCUCCUACCGGUCGGACAAGCCCUAAACACCUCCCUAGAGAGGCAUUCAGGUGGCAUCCUGACCAGAUGCCCGAACACCUCAUCUGGCUCCCCACCAUGUGGAAGAGCAGCAGCUUUACUUUGAGUUCCCCCGGAUGGCAGAGCUUCUCAACCUAUCUCUAAGGGAGAGGCCCCUCACUUGGGCCGCUUGUACCCGUUAUCUUGUCCUUUCGGUCAUAACCCAAAGCUUAUGACCAUAGAUGAGGAUGGGAACGUAGAUCGACCGGUAAAUUGAGAGCUUUGCCUUCCGGCUCAGUUCCUCCCGGAUGGCAGAGCUUCUCGCCCUAUCUGCAAGGGAAAGUCCCCGUCACCCAGCGGAGGAAACUCUUUUGGGCCGCUUGUACCCGUGAUCUUGUCUUUUUGGUCAUAACCCAAAGCUCAUGACCAUAGAUGAGGAUGGGAACGUAAAUCGACCGGUAAAUUGGGAGCUUUGCCUUCCGGCUCAGCUUCUCCCAGAUGGCAGAGCUUCUCACCCUAUCUCUAAGAGAGAGGCCCCGUCACCCGGCGGAGGAAACUCAUUUGGGCCGCUUGUACCCGUGAUCUUGUCUUUUUGGUCAUAACCCAAAUCUCAUGACCAUAGGUGAGGAUUGGAACUUAGAUCGACCGGUUAAUUGAGAGCUUUGCCUUCCGGCUCAGCUCCGCCCGGAUGGCAGAAGCUUCUCGCCCUAUCUGUAAGGGAAAGCCCCCGUCACCCGGCGGAGGGAACUAAUUUGGGCCGCUUGUACCCGUGAUCUUGUCUUUUUGGUCAUAACCCAAAGCUCAUUACCAUAGAUGAGGAUGGGAACGUAAAUCGACCGGUAAAGUGGGAGCUUUGCCUUCCGGCUCAGCUUCUCCCAGAUGGCAGAGGUUCUCACCCUAUCUCUAAGGGAGAGGCCCCGUCACCCAGCGGAGGAAACUCAUUUGGGCCGCUUGUACCCGUUAUCUUGUCCUUUCGGUCAUAACCCAAAGCUUAUGACCAUAGGUGAGGAUUGGAACGUAGAUCGACCGGUUAAUUGAGAGGUUUGCCUUCCGGCUCAGCUCCGCCCGGAUGGCAGAGCUUCUCGCCCUAUCUGUAAGGGAAAGCCUCCACCCCCGGCGGAGGGAACUCAUUUGGGCCGCUUGUACCCGUGAUCUUGUCUUUUUGGUCAUAACCCAAAGCUCAUGACCAUAGGUGAGGAUGGGAACGUAGAUCGACCGGUAAAUUGAGAGCUUUGCCUUCCGGCUCAGCUCCUUCUUCACCACAACGGAUCGAUACAGCGUCCGCAUUACUGAAGACGCCGCACCGAUCCGCGAUUCAGUCUUCCCUCAAGACUCCGAGGUACUUCAACUCCUCCACUUGGGGCAACAGCUCCUCCCCAAUCCGGAGAUGGCACUCCACCCUUUUGCGGUCGAGAACCAUGGACUCGGACUUGGAGGUGCUGAUUUUCAUCCCGGUCUCUUCACACUCGGCUGCGAACCGAUCCAGUAAGAGCUGAAGAACCUGGCCAGAUAAAGCCAUCGGGACCACAUCAUCGUUUUUAGCAUUCACUCAGAUGUUAUUGUGAGGUUUUGUAUUAGUGUUCUUAAAAAUCCGAUACACCGCCCCCCAGACACAUUUUUGCCCCCUCUAAAUUUGGCCCGCCAAGGCAAAAUAAUUGCCCAGGCCUGGUGUAGGGAAAGGACAGACAAGUACACAUUUGUUACAAAAGUCAGUUCCUAUUUCACACAAACACAAGUUUUAGUUCAGGACUUGUGGGGACCACCCUUUCUACAGGUUGUGGAGGUUUAAACAAAAUAAGAUCAAAUGGCCACUGCCCAGUUAGCUCAUACCAUACUUGCCAACCCUCCCGAUUUUCCGGGGGGACUCCCGGAUUUUAGUUCCCCUCCCGAAAAUCUCCCGGCGCCACCAUCCUCCCGAAUUUCUCCCGAUUUCCACCAGGACAGCAAUAUUGGGGGGCGUGCCUUAAAGACACUGCCUUGACCGUCCUCUCUCACCUGAAACCUUCACCCCUUAAAGGCCUACUGAAAGCCACUACUACCGACCACGCAGUCUGAUAGUUUAUAUAUCAAUGAUGAAAUAUUAACAUUGCAACACAUGCCAAUACGGCCGGUUUAUUUUACUAAAUUGCAAUUUUAUAUUUCGCGCGGAAGUAUCGUGCUAAAAUGACGCGGUAUGAUGAAGCAUGCGCGUGACGUCACGCAUUGUAGAGGACAUUUUGUUCCAGCACCGUUCACAGCUAUAAGUCGUCUGUUUUCAUCGCAUAAUUCCACAGUAUUAUGGACAUCUGUGUUGCUAAAUCUUUUGCAAUUUGUUCAAUGAAUAAUGGAGACGUCAAAGAAGAAAGCUGUAGGUGGGAAGCGGUGUAUUGCGUCCGCCUUUAGCAACACAAACACAGCCGGUGUUUCGUUGUUUACAUUCCCGAAAAAUGACGGUGAAGCUUUACUAUGGAACAGAGAUGUCAAGCGAACAUGGUUCCCAACCACGUGUCAACCGGCAGGUUUCGGUGAGAAAAUUGUGGUAAUAAGUCGGCUCUUACCGUAGACAUGAGCGGAGAGCUUGCGUCGUUCCUCCUGCGCCUGUCAAAGAGGCAGCUGCGGACACUUUUGCCUCCUCCCACCGGCCGCCCCCGACUGUCGGAUGCUUCCACCGUGGAGGAGGGAAGAAAAAAAAAAUCCAGCCCGGCCGUCUUCGCCUCGUCAAGAAACGUGGCUUCCCUCGGAGACACUAGCGUUCACCACACCCGUGGCCACACCCUUCCGACUUUCAGGUUGUACAGGUACGACUAUAUAAUCUCACUAAAACACUAGUAACCCAAUAACCAAAUAAGGGAUUUUCCAGAAUUAUCCUAGUAAAUGUGUCUAAUAACAUCUUAAUCGCUCCCACUGUAUAGUCUGUUUUUUUUCUAGUCCUUCACUCUCACUUUCCUCAUCCACGAAUCUUUCAUCCUCGCUCCAAUUAAUGGGGAAAUCGUCGCUUUCUCGGUCCGAAUCGCUCUCGCUGCUGGUGGCCAUGAUUGUAAACAAUGUUCAGAUGUGAGGAGCUCCACAACCCUUGACGUCACGCGCACAUCGUCUGCUACUUCCGGUACAGGCAAGGCUUUUUUAUCAGCACCAAAAGUUGCGAAUUUUAUCCUCGAUGUUCUCUACUAAAUCCUUUCAGCAAAAAUAUGGCAAUAUCGUGAAAUUAUCAAGUAUAACACAUAGAAUGGACCUGCUAUCCCCGUUUCAAUAAGAAAAUCUCAUUUCAGUAGGCCUUUAACAGCUGCAUGCUGUCCUCAGUCACUUCCGCUUUUCCUCCAUAUAAACAGCGCAGUCCAGCCCAGUCACAUAAGAACGUAGCGUUGGACGGGUUUAACAAUUGUCUUAACUCGAAGAUGUCAAGAAAUGCUGACACGUUGUAUGAUCUAUUUACUGGUUUAAUGAUAACGCAAGGCAUACUUUGGUCAACAGCCAUACAGGUCACACUGAGGGUGGCCGUAUAAACAACUUUAACACUGUUACAAAUAUGCGCCACACUGUGAACCCACACCAAACAAGAAUGACAAGCACAUUUCGGGAGAACAUCCGCACCGUAACACAACAGAACAAAUACCCAGAACCCCUUGCAGCACUAACUCUCCCAGGACGCUACAAUAACAUAUACGGCUUUUGGAGCUCAGUACACAUCUCCCGAAUUCGGGGGUCUCAAGGUUGGCAAGUAUGGCUCAUACACAUCUUUAAAUCUCUGGAUUGAUGAAGUAAUGUGCUGUUCAUACUAACUGGGGACCCUGGGGAAAAAGAGUUACUAUGGUUCAUAGUGACAAAAAUUUUUAUAAUUUUGCAUAAUUCACACCAAUUUGUACGUGACUACUGAGGACCAUUUAAAAAUUUAAAAAAAGUUCAAAUUAAUUAUGACAUGAUCCUCGGAAUACAGGACGACAGCUGUCCUCUUAUAUUAAGUUUCACCACUUAAAUGUUAAAGCAAAUCCUGCAUCUUCUGUGACAUUACUGAAAACUGCUAUUUAGCAGUAAUGACGUUGUCUGCAACUCCAACUACCAUAUAUAGAAGGAUGGAAAUCACUUAGGCAUCUUCAGAAUGGAUCUGACUAUCAUUUAAAAAGGUUUCCUGUUUUUUUGGUCCCCAUAUCGUCAGAAGUGACCCUAAAGGUAGACUGUGUAAACAGAGCCAUGUCCCCAUUAAGUCAGCAUUGCCAGAACACACACACACACACACACACACACACACACACACACACACACACACAAACACACACAGGUUAUUAUUUGGAAUGAGGACCAAGUAUUUGUUCAGUACUUGUGGGGACCACCCUUUCUACAGGUUGUGGAGGUAUAAAAAAAAAAGAGGUAAAAUGGCCACUGCCCAGUUAGCUCAUACACGUCUUUAAAUCUCUGGAUUGAUAAAGUAAUGUGCUGUUCAUACUUACUGGGGCCCUGGGGAAAAAGAGUUAAUAUGGUUCAUGGGGACCGAAUUUGAAUAAUUUUGCAUAAUUCACACAAAUAUGUACGUGACGACUGAGGACCAUUUAAAAAAAACUUUGCGUCGAUAACAAUCUGAAUUAUUCGUUUCCCCUUUGGUCCGGAUGACACGAUGUCGAAUAUUUCCAAAAACAAUUUGAAAUGUGGACUCGUCAGACCACUGAACACUUUUCCACUUUGCAUCAGUUCAUCUUAGAUGAUCUCGGGCCCAGAGAAGCCGGCGGCGUUUCUGGAUGUUGUUGAUAAAUGGCUUUCGCUUUGCAUAGUAGAGCUUUAACUUGCACUUACAGAUGUAGCGACGAACUGUAUUUAGUGGCAGUGGUUUUCUGAAGUGUUCCUGAGUCCAUGUGGUGAUAUCCUUUAGAGAUUGAUGUCGGUUUUUGAUACACUGGCGUCUGACGGAUCGAAGGUCACGGUCAUUCAAUGUUGGUUUCCGGCCAGGCCGCUUACAUGGAGCGAGUUCUCCAGAUUCUCUGAACCUUUUGAUGAUAUUAUGGAGCGUAGAUGUUGAAAUCCCUAAAUUGCUUGCAAUUGCACUUUGAGAAACGUUGUUCUUAAACUGUUUGACUAUUUGCUCACGCAGUUGUGGACAAGGGGGUGUACCUCGCCCCAUCCUUUCUUGUGAAAGAGUAAGCAUUUUUUGGGAAGCUGUUUUUAUACACAAUCAUGGCACCCACCUGUUCUCAAUUAUCCUGCACACCUGUUUAUUGCCAUCUUUCCCAACUUCUUUGUCACGUGUUGCUGGCAUCAAAUUCUAAAGUUAAAGAUUAGUUGCAAAAAAAAGUUUUUUUAUAAGUUUGAGCAUAUGUUGUCUUUGUAGCAUAUUCAACUGAAUAUACGUUGAAAAAUGAUUUGCAAAUCAUUGUAUUCCGUUUUUAUAUUUACAUCCAACACAAUUUCCUAACUCGUAUGGAAACGGGGUUGGUAGAAGGAUGGAAAUCACUUAAGAACCUUCAGAAUGGAUCUGACUAUCAUUUAAAAAGGUUUCUGUUUUUUUUGUCCCCGUAUCGUUAGAAGUCCCCUAAAGGUAGACUGUGUAAACAGAACCAUGUCCCCAUUAAGUCAGCAUUGCCAGAACACACACACACAGGUUAUCAUUUGGAACGAGGACCAAGUAUUUGAUCAUGACUUGUGAGGACCACCCUUUCUACAGGUUGUGGAGGCAUUAAAAAAAGAGGUAAAAUAGCCACUACGCAGUUAGCUCAUACACAUCUUUAAAUCUCUGGAUUGAUGAAGUAAUGUGCUGUUCAUACUUACUGGGGACCCUGGGGAAAAAGAGUUAAUAUGGUUCAAGGGGACCAAAUUUUGAUAAUUUUCCGUAAUUCACACAAAUAUGUACGUGACUACGGAGGACCAUUUAAAAUAAAACAAAUAAAGUUCAAAUUAAAUAUGACAUGAUCCUCAGAAUACCGCACUACAGCUGUCCUCUUAUAGGAAGUUUCACCACUUAAAUGUUACAGCAAAUCUUGCAUCUUCUGUGACAUGACUGAAAACUGCUAUUUAGCAGUAAUGAAGUUGUCUGCAACUCCAACUACCAUAUAUAAAGGGCGGAAAUCACUUAGGCAUCUUCAGAAUGGAUCUGACUAUCAUUUAAAAAGGUUUCUGUUUUUUUGGUCCCCAUAUCGUCAGAAGUCUCCUAAAGGUAGAGUGUGUAAACAGAACCAUGUCCCCAUUAAGUCAGCAUUGCCAGAACACAAACACACAGAGAUUGAGAUACAGACGCACAAAUGAGUACCGGGACACGUGAAUCAGGUUCCAGACGCACCGAUUGAGAUUUGUGCAAAUAGUUUUGCUGCGAUAAUACUCCCGUACCCCCGCCAACCUCCAUGCGAAACUCGCUCGCAUCUCAACAGGUGGCGCCGUUUCCUCCCACCCCAACCAGAGUCCGCCGUGGUCGCUCUCGAGCCGGCGCGUGAUUCUAAUACUAUAUAACGUUUGUCGGUGGAAAAAAAAACAAAAACCCCAUAAAGAUUGUCGUACUUUGUCGCGCUGUAGGUUGACUAAAUAGCGGCUUGAUCGUGUUUAUGCUGUUUUUACUCUCUAUGGGGUUCCCCCCCGCUGGCCUGAUUUCAAACCAGUCUCGACCUGUAUUGAAGCCUCUCUGUGCAUGGGAGGCUUUGAUUCGUAACGCGAGCAUUUAUUUAUAUUGUUUGGAGGAGAGAAUACGCUAGAAUAGUUAUUAUGUUAUAUCCGGCCGCUGCCUAUAUAGUCAUAGCAACGUAUAAAGAUGUAUAUUUCCUAUUAUAAUGCCGAAAUAAUCUAUAUAUCAGUGUUCAUAUGUAUAAUAAUAAUAGUAUUACGGAAUACUUUAUUAAUUCUAUAUCUAUAUAUCAUGUAUUUUUGUUUGUGGAGAUGGUUUGAACAGGCCAGAGCAGUAUGAGUCCUGCUCAGAGUGCAAUAUGAUAUUUUUAAGGGUUGACACUUAUUCAUGGCUCUUUGUUUACAUUGCGGCAACUUUCCCAGUGACCACGUUGCGGAUGACGCGAAUAGGUUAGAAAAUAAUUUUAAAUAUGUGUGGUUUUUGAAUUUUUUAUUUUUUUUUAGCGCAUGUUACCAUUGCAAUUACAGCGCGUCCGGUUUGGUUUUUGCCUCGUUCCUCACUCAACUGAGUGAAGAAUGCUGAUAAGUCCCAAAAAGAAAGAGACGACGCGGUAUUUAUCUGCUCACAGAUGCCACCUGGUGGUUGUUUGAGCAGACUGCAGCUAGUUCCGAUAGUCCCACUUCUUAAUGCACAGGUGUCAAACUCAAGGCCCCCGGGGGCCACUUUGUUUUAUUUGGCCCUGUAAAGCUUGGAAAUAAUAUGUAUCCCAAAAAGUACUGUAACUUUUCUUACUAAAUGUAUUCUUUCUUUCUAUUUUUGGAGAAAAAAAAAAAAUACAGGUACUUUGUGUAAUUGCAAAUUUUGUUAGCUUAAAUAUUGUCUAAUUGUGCAAAAAUAUAUCAUCGAACAUUCAAACUGUUUUUUAAAUACAAAUAAAUGCUAAUAAUAAUGAUUUUAAAGCAAGUUACCCAUCAAAUUGUGCAACGUAAAAGUAGCAAUAGAUUUCAUGGUAAAAUUGUGAAAUUUACAGCAUUUUUCUCUAAAUGAAAAAAAAAACUGUACUUUUUUUUUACUGUAAAAAAAUGGUGGUGCCGUUUUGGCAUUUACAGUAACACACCGAAAAAUCUACAGUUGUUGAUUUGCAGUAAAAAAAAAAAAAAAAGUGGCAGCCAAAAUUUGACUGUAAAAUUGAAUUUUCUAAAAUUUGCAUUAAUGUAAAUUUUACAGUAAAAUAGUAGCAACUGAGAGGACUUAUUUUCUUUUCUUUUUUUUUUACCAUAAAAAGAGCAGUAAUGUUUUUUCAUUAACAGUAAUAUACACUGCAUUUUCUGGUGAAAUUAUUGCAACUUACCGUAUUUUUUUUAACAUUUUAGUUUAAAAAAAAUCUACUAAUAAAACGCAUUUAAAAAAUGGUGUAAUAGUAGCCAAACAUAACUGCGAUGUGGCUUUCGGUGAAAACAACUUUGACACCUCUGUCCUAAUGUGCAGGAUUCUCACAGGAAUGGGGCGAAAAACCCAACUCGACCUACUGUACGCGGUUUAAAAAAACUAUUCUAACUUUAAUGUCGUGCCAAAAUCAAGUAUUACCUCUGUGUUGUGUUUUUCAUUUUUUUCACCUUCUAUGCCGACACAUGUUGCCAAAUACGGUCGUAUUUCAACCCGAGCUGCUCUUUGGUUGUUUAUUAUGUGUGGAUGCAGUAGAAAUUGAUGCAUGGGGCCACUGCUGGCACCAGAGGAGUUUGAUAUCAUUUGUACAAAAACAAUAUCCUCAUGUUACAGUUACUCCCAUGUAAUCUGAAUGUAACCCUUUACACUUUUGACAAAAAAAAACUACAAGAAAAAAAAAACUAUUGUGUGAUGUGAUGCCGUUGACUGGGAUCAACGUUAUUUGUGCACUUUGCAUUUAGUUCAAACAGGGUAUUUUUUUUAAUUUACAUUUAUGUACCUUGAAGUCAGAGCCAUAUAAGUAAUCUCAUGUUGAUAUAUGUCGAUGUGUAACGCUAAACAGGAACUUGCAGUCUGUAAUAAAAAGUUUGGUGAUUUCAA